AUGGUUUCCCACAAGGACUACUCUGCUGAACUAUCCGACGCCUAUCCUGACCGCGGCUAUCCUAUAGCUGACCCUCAGCCAGGAUUCGUACCCGGCACCGGCACAUGUCUUCCUCAAGUAGACCUUGGAGACGUAGGCUACAUACAGCAGUCCAACGGCCGUUUUGUCCGUCUAUUCAACGUGCACAAAGAACCAGGCCGUGACGGUCAACCCGAUUUAUCUCGCCUACCCGCUGGCUUUGAGGUCUUAAAUCGUGCCGAUAUCCGACUGGAGGAGGGACAAAUUGACAAGAGCCUAUUCAAGUCGAACAGCGUCACUCAGUUGAGUGUGAGCGCCGGUGGAAGCGGGUGUGAUCAGCCAACACCUUCGCUCGCGUGGCUGUGCACUCAUGACAUGAUCGUUCUGUACAGGCAGAGCCUUAUUCCUUUACAGGGCGCGUUCAGCUUCAGGACGACCCGGCAACGAGGAGCUAUUCUUGUCACGCCCGGUCCAGCCCGUAUAAUCACGAUCGACGCAUCACCGCGCGGUGUCAGACUCUACAAACAGUACGCGGUGAAACACCUCCGAAGCUGGAUCAGGUUCUUCGAAGACGAGGGUUUGACCGUAGACGACCUGGUCUUCGUCACCGGCGUAGACCUCACAGCGUCAUGGGCCAACGCGGUGUUUACUAGCGGCAGUCUCGAGACCAGCCUCGGUCUUGACAUCGAAUAUGUUACCGUCGGGGGUAUACGCGCCGCUGCGACGCUGAGCUGGACUCACGAUCAGGCCGCCAUGACCAACUCUACGCCGCUCACGGACGACGGACCCAACGUAAAGGCCAACCAAGCCAUCUUCAUCCGCCGCAUCCGCGCGAAACGCGGCAUCUUAGGUCUCGCUAUCAAGGCGAACGCUGAACCUCGCGAUCCAGACGUAGGCGAUGAUCCCAAUGACGACGUUUGUCCGAGGUUGCUAGUGAUCGCCGGAUCUGAGCCGGACAGGCAUGAAGAUGAAGAGGCAGAGAGAAGCGCCAAUGUGAAUGUUGGCCCCGAUUUGGGCGCCCGAGCGGAGAAUGAUGCACAUCAAGAAAUAGAACUGGAGGAAUCGCCCCAACGUGACGAGUUCGAAGACUCGUUGACACCAGCACUGGACUAUAUACUUGAGCGCUCCAGCGCGCAGGUUGCUCUAGUCCAUGAUCUGGACAUUCCCAUGUACAGGAAGCUACUCUCCAGGAAACAAGACGAACGUUCUUCUGUCGUUGUCGAUGGACAUGGGAUUGGAAUGCUUCGCUCGCCCUCCACCCCCACCAUUGAUCGCGAUCCUUCCCCCGAGAGUCACAAAGAGACUACUUCGAGCAACUUGGAUAACACGUUCAAUGCAACUGACCUCGGUCCCCUCAGCGCCGAGACUGGUUCCCUACAAACCGAUCCUCCUGUCAAGCUGCGCUUUGACAUGAAGUGCGACUUUCCGCCUGGUGCGAACAUCUGCAAGCGGUGCAGCGCAGGAAACCAUCACUGUGGCAUGGAGGGUCGGACCAUUCAAAGCGCACUCAGUAUGAAACCUGCAGACUUCUUGGCCCAGAUGCGGCGGAAAGAUAGUAUCAUUGCGAGGCUUAUCAAGCAACAGCACAACCCAUAUCUCGCCUCACCACUUUCCAUUGCGGCCUAUCGUGUAGCUACCCCCGACAACGACCCUCAGAGGCAAAACGUCAUUGCAUGGCUUGACCAACUGCCGUCCUCACUGGUUGUAUCCGAGCCUCUCAAAACGGGGUUUCAUCGCGCGGAUGACGCCUCGGACUACAACGGAACGCUAUCUGGCUCGACCGUUGCCGACGAAACCGCAAUCUCCCCCGAUGUUGACCUACACAGCUCAUCCGAGUCCGCCCCGUUGCCCGCAAAUCCUUCCGUUCCCAUUGGUGCUCUUGCCCAACUAGCACUUUCUUUGUCCUACACCCACCAUGCCCCCCUUCGCAACAAAACCAGACCACCCGCGUCUGCGUCGGUGACUGGAUUGAGAGACGGCGCACCGCCUGUGGGCGAUUAUGUUCAGGAAGAGGCAUCAGAGGGUGGGACUGAAGUGAUCGAAUACGGCGAGGAUGAGGAGCCGGUCGGAAUCGCUAAUGCGUUCUAUUUCGAGUCUGGUCCUAGCUCGGACCUGAGUAAAAGGAUCAGCUUGAUAAAUCAGGCAGCGGCGCCGGAUCUUCUUGUGCAUGGGCUAGUCACACCUGAGGAAGUUAAUGGACUCUUCCAGAUAUUCCAUACGCGGGUGAACCCUUUCGUUGGUGUGCUCGAUCCAGUUCUACACACGCCUAGCAACACAUUCAGCCGUAGUCCUUUCCUCUUCACAGUCGUCUGUGCUAUCGCUCUACGAUACAGUCAACGCGAAGACGCAUACUUGACUGCAAUGCACUUCGCCAAGAAUGCGGCGGCACAGGCGCUUGUGGACGGCUGGAAGAGCAUUGAGUCGUGCCAGGCAUAUAUACUCAUGUCCAUCUACUCCAUCCCUGCCCGCCGGUGGGAAGAAGACCGCUCCUGGCUUUACACUGGUCUUGCUAUACGCCUCGCGAUGGACUUGAACCUGUACACACCCAACAACCGUGGUGCCAGGACCGAAGCUGAGGCUCGCGAGUUCAACAAUCGCACACGAGUCUGGAUUAUAUGCUACAACCUGGACCAGUCGACGGCAACGCUAUUUGGGAAACCGAGCACGCUGAAGGAGGAUCAGAUCGUUCGCGAGGGUCACCAAUGGUACAACUGCUCGCCGAACAGCGACCCUUUCGACAUUCAUCUCGUUGCGUACUCGUCGCUCAUGGGAGUGCUCACGCGUUUUCAUGCUGAACUAUCCGACGAGCCCUAUCCGUCGACAGGCCUAAAACAGAUAGUGGACUUUCGUAGCAUCGCGUUGAAGUACGAUCAAGAGCUUGAGAAGACGUUCGAAGUGUGGACUGGAAGGUUUCAGCGCGAUAGUGACCAUGACAACCCCGCCGCAGACCUCAGAUGUAUGAUGCUGCCCUUCUACGUGAACUACAGCCGACUCGUUGUGCUCUCGUUCGCAUUCCAGCAAGCGUUCGAGCGCGGUUUCGAGCGCAACGACGAGAUCAUCUUCACCAAGAGCCUGCAAGCGGCGCGCAUGGUGGUCAACGUACUCAUCGACUCGCUCGCGCAAUCAGGGUACCUCCGCUACGCACCCGACGGCCACUUCGCUUACGCGGCGUUCGCGAGCGCCUUCAUGCUCAAGCUCCUCCGUCCCGAAUGCCGCGUCUUCUCACACCAGGGAUUUGCCGAGGAAGUCUACAGUAACAUCGAGCGCCUAGUGCACACUAUCGCCGCUCCCGCUAUCGCCAUUGAUGAGACUCAUACACCGCGCCUGUAUAGCGACUUCCUUGGCCGAAUCUUGGCCAAGCAUCGACGUGACGCUGCUACCGCUGCCGCCCGUGUCUCUGCUCGUCAUGAUCGUCCUGGAGCGAACCAGCAGCGAAGCGGACAAGAACGUCGGCAGGUUCAAUCAAGCUACGUCGCUCAAACACUGCAACCUGUCGCCGCAUCUGUGGCGAUGAUGGAGCAGCAGCCGAACUCGCACGACCCGAUUGCAAAAUAUCCGAUACCUCCAGAACCAGACACUCCGCAGACAGCAGCUUCAACGUCACUACUAUCGAGCCAACCGACCGCAGAGGACGUAUUGCGGCCACGCGCGACCGACGAACAGCAAACGGGCGCCGACUCUGGCUUCGCAUUUGAAGGCGCCCUCCCUCUUAUUGAGGAAGACACGCCCGCGCCGAUGAAGGCCAUCAGUCACUCGAGAUUCUGGGGCAACUUCAUGAUGCCCGGACAGAGCUGGCCUGCCAUUGGCGAACAGACGGGCGCCGCGAGCAGCAGUCGAGCGCUCAAUGACUCUCACCAGUGA